AUGGCUACCACGUCCGACUACGACCAGCUUGUCGACAUGGGGUUCGAUGCGGAGAAGAGCAAGUUAGCGCUACAGAAAACCGGAGGUUUGACAGAGGCCAUCGACUGGCUCGAUAAGAACGCCGACAAGUCAAUCGACGAAAUCAAGGCUGAUGAUGUUGCUGCUUCAGACGCCACCGCACAAGAAGCAGCAGCAGCAGCAGCGAAGAGCUAUGUCUGCAACGAAUGCGGUAAGAAGUUUCGCAGCACUGCCGAAGCCGAGUACCACGCAUCCAAGACCGAGCAUACCGACUUUUCCGAGUCCACUGAUGAGAUCGCCCCACUAACCGAAGAGGAACGGGUUGCCAAACUAGCACAGCUGAAGGAGAAGAUGGCGGCCAAACGAGCAGCCCAGGCGGAGCAGGACAAGAUUGAUGCGAAGCGCAAUGAGCAGAUUUCGCGCAAGAAGACCAAAGAGAGCGAGGACAUCAAGGAACAGCUGCGGGCUAAAGAGCAGAUCAAGGAGGCCGAGCAAAAACGGAAGGACAAGCAAGAUGAUAUCGACGCCAAAAAGCGCAUUCAAGCCAAGAUCGCCGCCGACAAGGAGGAACGCAGGUUAAAGGCGGAACGAGAAAAGGCUGCCCGUGCUGGCGUCGCUCCUCCGCCUCAACCUGCUGCGUCUGCGCCUGUCGCAUCUGCCCCUACAACAUCUAAGCCUGCUUCCGAGUACACCGAGACCCGGUUAAGACUGCAGACUUCUGGUGGUAACAUCAUGAAAGCUUUCCCGGUUGAGACCACUCUCUUCGAGGUAGCGACCGCCGUGGGUGAUGAGAUUGGCCGGGAUGUCGAGAGUUUCACGCAAAACUUUCCUCGCAAGGUCUUCGAUAAAGAGUACUUUGAUCAGACGCUGAAGGAGUUGAAGCUGGUGCCCAGUGCGAGUUUGAUUGUCAAGUAG